UGAAACUGAAAGUCUGAAGCUAUCCCAGAAGUAAUAGGCGAAUAGUACAAUGAGUAGAGAAGAGACUGACAAAAUCCCUUGCUGCCUAGCACAAUCUGAAAACAAAACCAAAAUCAUCACAAACCCAACCCAAUAUCAGCAAUCAAUUCCAAUUCCAAAUUCACAGCAACUGAUUUUAUGAUGAGGUCUUCGUGCAGUAGAUGGCAAUCCACGCCAUCUUUUCCCCUCUUUCACAACCUUCCUCCAAGCUCUUUAAAAGCCCCAUUUCUCAUUCUUGUAGCUCCAAAACAAUACCCAUCUCUGCAAAAUCCACACCAUUCUUCUCAAGGACACAGAAAAAGACACAGACUUAUGAUAACAGCUCCAAUAAUGGCUUCAGCUCCAUCAGCCACAGAGGCCGAGAUACAGACCAAACCCUUCUCGGUCCUCUUUGUGUGCCUUGGCAACAUCUGCAGAAGCCCAGCUGCUGAGGGAGUCUUCACAGACUUGGUCAAGAAAAGGGGUCUUGAUUCCAAGUUUAAGAUUGAUUCUGCUGGCACCAUUGGUUACCAUGAGGGUGAUGAAGCCGACCCAAGAAUGAGGGCUUGUGCUAAAAGGCGUGGAAUCCAGAUAACUUCCAUAUCUAGGCCAAUAAAGCCGGAUGAUUUUAGAGAUUUUGAUCUUAUUCUAGCAAUGGACAAGCAAAACAGAGAGGAUAUACUUGGAGCUCUGGAGAGAUGGAAAUUCAGAGAGACAUUGCCCGCUGAUGCACAUAAGAAGGUUUGUAGAAGGGUAUUGGUACAAUCCCGGUAUCAUUUUGAUGUUCAUCUUAUGCAUGUGUUCGUCAUGCAGGUUCAGCUAAUGUGCUCCUACUGUAAGAAGCAUAAUGAAACUGAAGUUCCGGAUCCUUACUAUGGUGGACCACAAGGUUUUGAAAAGGUUUUGGAUCUACUGGAAGAUGCUUGUGAAUCACUAUUGGACGGCAUCUUGGCAGAAAACAGUAACAUUAAGGAUUCUUAACUUCAAGGACAGCUUGAUUGAUUGAGACUUGGUCUCAUGUUCAUGGAUUGAACAUACAUGUUGCUGCC